GCCCCUGCCUUCAAGAUCCCCUCAAGGACCAUCUCUGCUGUCGAGCACCCGUUCCUGAUUAUGGACGUUGACAAAGGCCUGAAGACGUUUGGUCCCAAUCCACAGUUUCAAGCCGUCCUGGAUGCCGGAAACCCUCAGCUUUCCGUGCCCAUCUAUCUUCACCCUCAAGAUCCCACUUCGCGACCAAUGAUGUCUCACUACGCUCCAUCUCACAAUGUCGUUUUCAAGAUUACGGUGCCCAGAAGGACCGGGCGCAAACGCAAACGGGGCAGCGAUGAACCGUGGCAGGGGGAUGUUGAUGAGCUCACCGAAGGACUGGACAAAAGCUCUUCCCCAGCAUUCAGAUCGAAAGCUCAACUCGAUGAGCCCAAAUCCCUGCGGAGAAAGUUACAGGACAAUGCCGGUAAAUACCAGGCUGAGGCUGUGGGAAUAAUCAAACAUACUCAUCGAUACCGCGGCAUGGUCGACUUCAACUACUCGAUGAAGAACAACGCUUUCAUGAACAAUUUUACGGAGAAGAUCAUGUCAGGCGACGUAUCGAAAUUCCGACAAUUCUCUGUUCGACCUGGAACAGACACAUCCACAAAUCAAGAUAUUGUCGCACCACCGCUGAUGACACAAGUUUCCAUUCCUUACUACUAUCACUACUCUCAAAAUCCCUACGUGAGGGCGGUCAACAAAGACGACGGCGGGUUCGAAAUGGUCAACACCACUGCCAAAGUCAAGUCCGUCGGCCACUUCAUUGGCAUACGGGAUCCCAUUCCGCCGGCCCCCUCUGGCCGGCCAAACGUCAGGGACCCUCUGUUCGACGAUGUCGUACGCGCUAUGAGGGUGUGCAUGGAAGAACGGCCAGUCUGGACACGACGAUCCAUUAUCAACCGGCUUGUGACCCUCGCAUACGACCCCGAUCACCCGGAGAAGCGAAUUCCAGCGAAUUUAUCCCAGCAGAUCGUCAAGAACGCAAUCCAGUUCGCAGGCUACCAGUUCAAGGGCGGGCCAUGGCGCGAUGCCCUGGUGAAAUACGGUUAUGACCCCAGGGCAGAUCCUUCCAGCCGCAUUUACCAGUGCCUGAUAUUCCGGCUUCGACGGCUCGAGAUCGGCAUGAUGGGUGAGAUGUGGCAGGAGAUCCGCAAACGCGACCUCGCGGGCGUCAAGGGGACGAUCGACGAGAAUUCCGAGUCGCACAUGUUUGAUGGGAAGAAAUACAGCGAGGACGGUAAAGUCUGGCAGGUAUGCGACAUCACCGACCCGCUGUUGGUGAGACUGCUUGCUGAUGCUCCUGUGCGGCCCACAUGCGAUAUUGAGGGGAGCGGCUGGUAUCAUCGGGGGCUGUGGGCCAAGGCUCGGGCAAUCAUGAAGUGCAAGAUGCGCGCGAUCCAAUUCGGCCGCGAGCUGCACGAUAGCGACUUCGAAUCCGCGCUCCAGGCCCGUGAUGCGACGCCUGACCUGGACACAGUCAAGAGCAUCGCCAUCCCGACACCAGACCUGAAGCUGACCGAGGCGGAGUGGGAGCUGGUCAGGGGCAAGAAAUACAAG